AUGUUGUCGCAACCCCAACAAACUGAUGUUAACGCUCUGUUGCACAACAUGCAUGCACAGAUCCUGGCAUUGACCACGCAACUCGCCGAGCUGCAGGUGAACCCCCCUGCAGCAACCCCCUCGAUCAAGCUCCAGAUUUGGGUCAAGGCAAACUGGGAUGCAUUUGCCGAUGACUUUGAGGUAGCCACUGCAGUGCUAUCUCGGCUAAAAGGACCUGUGGUGGGUCAAUACGCCCAAGUACGAAUGCAGGAGUGCUACACCACGGGAGUGUGGCCUACCUGGGAUGAUCUCAAAGUCGAGAUCAAAAAAUACUUCAAACCGCAAGCUAAGCAUGACCGGGCGCAUCAGCAAAUCCGUACCUUCAAACAAGGAAAUAUGAGGAUGGAUGACUUUGUUACCCGAUUUCUGGCCCUCUCCAUCCAAGGGGGUUUGGGAAAUGAACAUGCAGUAGAGCUGUUGGACCGCAAUGUGUCACCGGCCAUUGCACAACAGCUUUACAUACAAGAUAUGCGGAGCAAGAACCUUGCAGAAGCUGCUGAGGAGGUUCAAAAAAUUGGUAGGGCCAUAGAGCUCUACGCUAUGCAAUUUGGUGGCGGGUCCACCACCAAAAACAACUAUUCCCAGAGGAGCCCUGGGUCAUCAAACCAAAAACAAAAUCACUCUCACAAGUUCCAACCAUUUGGGUUGCAACCAGGGCAGGGAGCCCCUAUGGAUAUUGGCGCGGUCCAGGGCGGACAAAAGUGCAGAUUCACCUGCUUCAGCUGUGGGCAGGAGGGGCACAUGGCCCAACAGUGUCCAAACGGAGCGCAGGCCGCUCAAAAUAACCAAGGGCGCCAGGCGCGCCAAUUAGAAACAGAAAAACCGGACGAUCAGCUCCAGACUCUGGCCGGUCGUUUGUACGACGAGAUCCGGGCCUUCUUUUACGACCAGCAGGUUGCUGAGAUGAAGACUCAGGGAAAAGAGUUCGGAGCUUAG